GAGGGGCCCUCCCGCUCGCUCAGCCCGCUUCAGCUGGCUGUGUGGGCAGGACAUCCCCUCCUUCCCCACACACGGGGUUCUGCCGCCUGAGGAACGGGCUACGUCGCCCUCCCCUCAGGGGAUGGGGACUCUCUCGUGGGCGGGCCCUUUGCAGGGCUUCUCGGGCUCCCCGGCAGCCCCACAGGUGAGGAGGAGCGGCGUGGGGCUGCGAUGUGCACUGGCCGCUCCAGGAAAGGAGGGAUGGGGUCCGCAGGGACCACAGGGCCUGUGUAGCCCACCUGCAGCAGCUGAAGGAUUGUAGGGAAGCAAAGGCUGGAAGGGUCCCUUAGCCCAGUGGGAUAGGUGAGUGUGGAGGGCCGGGAAAAUUCCCUGUGGGGAGAUGGGCAAGAGGGUGCAGAUUCCCUCCAUCCCACGGGGAUCCGUUGCUUAGUACCAUGGUUACCCCAUACAGUUAUUCCUGCCUCUGUUGCCUUCUGUGUGGACAUGCUCAGUUCAUGGAGGUGUAAAGCCAUGUGUACCCAGUAAUUGUUGUGUUCAUCGUGGUGUGUCUGUGUAAUUGUGUGCAGCCCAAAAGGCAGGGCAGGAGUUGGUGCUGCAGCCUCUGUGGUGCCUGUGUUCUCCCACACCUUGCCCACCUCAGACCAGAGGGUUUUGGUCCCACGUCCCCAUGUGGAGUCACGUCUUUGCACAUUCUAAUAAAGUUCUGUCAGCUUGCUGUCAUCCCAGCACCUGUUUCAAGGUUGGUUACUCUUUAAAUGCAACUUCCCUCCCCACACACACCGUGGCCCACUUGUAGCUGCUGAAGUACAACCACAAGAAAGUCCUUGAGCUAAGGUUAUGUGAAGAGCAACGUUCAGUGUUGCUGAAUCCAUCAGUAUCUUAUGGUAGGGUAAAAUGCACCUCGAGCAAUAAUUGGGAACAACAAUGCUUGUCUUUCAGCAGAUCUCUUAAUGCUUCUCGUUCCCCUCAUCCAUGGAAUGAAGAAGACACACAGUUGGAAAAAAAUAACUGCCUUCACUGUAUGAAUGCUUUUGCUAACAGGGAGAGUUGUAUCCACGUUGUUCCCACACAAAGCUCUCAGGUGGUGUUCUGAGACCUUAAAAGCAUUUCUAGUCCGUGCCUUCUUUGGAGCCGAGGUGGAUCUUGAACACUGUUAUGAAUAUUUGAUGGGCGAUGGCCAUUAACAUUAACAGCUGGGAGCUGCAGAGAGUAGCUGAGCAGCAGGACAGAGAAACACUAGCUAAGAAUGAGGUUUAUCCUUAAAUUGUUGGGCACUUGGUUUGGGAGGGAUACAGGUCUGACUUUUGAGGUGUGGGGGGCUCACCUGGUUCUAGUAGAGUGAAACAUCCAGGUGUUCUGAGGCUGAAAUAUUUGCUGUUUGUGCUCACUCUCUGCACAUUUUGGAGGUUCUGAUGACAGGCAGGUUUUCAUUCACAGCAGCUGAGCCGAGCUCAGCCUGGGCAUCAAGAGAUUUGUUGUUAGGGAGUUCCUGGCUUGACUCUGGCUCUUCAUGAGAGUGAAUCAGGUUCCUCUGUGACAAAAUCAACCUGAGCAAGAGAAUGUUUAGUUGCAAAGAUGAGAUGAGUUUUUUUAUAGAGCCAGCCAGCUGUCCCUCUAAUACAAAAAUGGUUGGUUUUUCCUUUCAGUUGCUGUUAUGGAGUUCUUAAUAGUUGAUAAACCAUCAACUUACAUGUGACUAUUAGAUAACUAUGUUUCUCAGCAGAGAGGUGUUUAUCAGGAAAGAAGUUACUGAUUUAUCUGUUAGUUCUUUCAUAAUUUAAAUUAAGCCAUUCAUAUUUAAUAUUUCCAGUCCUCUACAUAAUGCUGAAAUGGGUGAUGAAGAAUUAUAUUUCUUAAACAGAACUGAGUGAAGUGCAGUAGCCCAGGACUUUUUGAGUUGAAUUCUACUUUGGUCUCUCAGGGGCUGCUGGACAAUGUGAUUUUUUUUUUUUUUAAAUUUUAUUUGACUAAAAUAUUACAGCAGCAGAAGUCAGGAAAAUGUAAUUUACAAAGAGUAAUAAAAAGAUGGAAGCCCAUCAAAUCCUUGGCAGGAUUAGUGGGUUGUGCCUUUAUUUGAAACCAAAAAAAAAAUGGUAUUGAUUUCCUCUUGAUAUUUUUCUCCUGUUUUCACAGGAGAAUUAUUAAUCUCAAAGAAUGACAGCAGCUACUUCAGGAAGUGGAUUCGUUGUGCAAGAGGUCAUUAUUUACAGCUGCCAGCUUUAUUGAACUCUUCCUUACGUUUCAUCCCUAUUUUCUUGUAGAAGUGGAAAAACAACUUAGGGUUGAUGUUUUGUGUGUCAUCAACUGAAUUUGGGGCCAUCAUGAAUAUCACCAAGGGUGGGCUGGUGCUGUUUUCAGCUAAUUCCAAUUCGUCAUGCAUGGAACUGUCCAAGAGGAUUGCUGAGCGCUUGGGAGUGGAGAUGGGGAAGGUUCAGGUUUACCAAGAGCCAAACAGAGAAACAAGAGUGCAGAUUCAGGAGUCUGUGAGAGGAAAGGAUGUAUUUAUCAUCCAGACAGUUUCCAAGGAUGUGAAUACCACGAUCAUGGAGCUGCUGAUCAUGGUGUAUGCCUGUAAAACCUCCUGUGCCAAAAGCAUCAUUGGGGUGAUCCCCUACUUCCCAUACAGCAAACAGUGCAAGAUGAGGAAAAGGGGCUCCAUUGUCUCCAAGUUACUGGCCUCGAUGAUGUGCAAAGCUGGACUAACUCAUCUUAUUACCAUGGAUCUCCAUCAGAAGGAAAUUCAGGGCUUCUUCAACAUUCCAGUUGAUAACUUGAGAGCCUCCCCAUUUUUGCUCCAGUACAUCCAAGAAGAGAUACCAGACUACAGGAAUGCUGUAAUUGUGGCCAAAUCUCCUGCGUCUGCAAAGAGGGCACAGUCGUUUGCCGAGCGCCUGCGGUUGGGAAUCGCUGUGAUCCACGGGGAAGCCCAGGACGCAGAGUCUGACAUGGUGGAUGGUCGGCACUCGCCACCUACAGCCAAAUACGUAGCUGCUAUUCACCCCAGUCUGGAGAUCCCCAUGCUGAUUCCCAAGGAAAAGCCGCCCAUCACAGUUGUUGGAGAUGUGGGAGGAAGAAUAGCUAUCAUCGUGGAUGACAUCAUCGAUGACGUCGACAGCUUCCUGGCUGCGGCCGAGACCCUCAAGGAGAGGGGGGCUUACAAGAUCUUUGUCAUGGCCACCCACGGGCUCUUGUCUUCAGACGCUCCCCGGCUGAUCGAGGAGUCUGCCAUCGAUGAGGUGGUUGUCACAAACACAAUUCCACACGAAAUACAGAAACUCCAGUGCCCUAAAAUCAAGACUGUGGAUAUCAGCAUGAUCCUCUCGGAAGCCAUUCGCAGGAUCCACAACGGGGAGUCCAUGUCGUACCUUUUCAGGAAUAUAGGACUGGAUGAUUAAUGCUGCUUACUCUAAAGAAACACCCCGGGCCAAACUGGAAGCGAACAGAGAACGAGCUGUGAAGCAUCGUGCUUACCUUAAUCUUUCCAUUGAGCCACUUCUUGUUUUCUCUUGGUUUAAGUAUCAAGGUAGAACAGUUUUGAAGAGCUUGUUUUGUUUUGUUUUGUUUUUUUCCUUUGCAGGGUUUUUUGUUUGUUUUUUUUCGGGGGAGGGGUGGAGGGGGUGGGAAUAAACAUUUUACAAAAAAAACUGUUCUAGUUGCUUUUAGGUUAGUUGCACUAUACACGAUGGAAAAAUCCCACAAAACACUUGAGGCAAGAAAUUGGCUUCUAAAUUAAGCAUUCCUUUUCCAAAGCUGCUUGCUACAAGUGCUUUAAAUGAUAACAAAAUGGAGUGACUGUAUAAUAUUUGCAUUUCAAAAGCCAAAAAGGUUGUACUGUUGUAUGCAGUUCAGUGAUUUUGUAGGAGUGCUUUUAUAGAAAAGCAUAUGGAAUAUGCACCUGUAUUUAUUUUCUGCGACAAAGAAUAAAGACUUGUUUUGUGUGAGCUUUCUAAAAA